UAUGUUUGCAAUGUUUUGAGCUGAACACACUUUGUGUUAUCUGAAAGUUUACUUUUGUUGUGAACAAAAUACUUACUAUAAAAUAUUUAAUCAUACAAGUACAUAUCUAUUCAACCUAUUUUAUUGACAUAAAACUGAUAAGAAAAAUCUCAAUUUUUACAUAAAGAAACUUCUUUUACAGUAACUUAACAAGUAACUUUUACCAAUAACUUGUUGCUUUUAUAUUCGAGUAAUUCAGUUACAUACCCUUUAACUUUUGGAAUAAAGUAAUUAGUAACUUUAACUAAGAGUAACUAUAACUAAUUACUUCUUAUGGUAAUGUUCUCGUAAACCCGUUAGAUCAGAUUCUUGUGGUCAUGAUGUAAACUAACCCGUCUGUCCAGCAGGGGGCGCUGUAUUAGUUUGACAGGUUCAAGGCCAACUCGGAAGUUUAGUUCAUCUCUGAUUCAGCGCGAGCGGUAGCACAAAUGUCCGCCUCCGAACUGAGGCUGGUGCUGCUGGGCCCAGCAGAUGCCGGAAGGAAGGCGGCGGUCUGCUCCCUGCUGGGCCUGCAAGACAAUCCGCAGGGCAGCACCGACGUUCAGGAGUGCAGUAAAUUCAGCGGAGAGGUUUGCGGGACGCAGGUGACUGUAGUCUCCAGCCCAGCCUGGUUCAACUCAGCCUGGAGCUCUGCGGACAGGAGAAAGGUCAUCUCCUCCUUCAUUGCUCUGUCCAGCCCGGCGCCGCACGCCUUCCUGCUUUGUGUCCCUGUGAACCAGCCGGCGGAUGGAGAGGCCAAGGCCCUAGACGCCCUGGAGACGCUGUUCGGCCCCUCCGCCGUCGCAGAGAACACCAUCGUGCUCUUCACCCACAUGGAGGAGCUGUGGGAGGACGAGCAGCUGGAGGACUACAUUGUCACGUGGCGCAAAGACCUCCGGGAGCUCGUGGAAAGGUGCGGCGGCUCCUACCACACCCUGGAAACCCGGAAUGGGGGAGAAGAGGACAGGAAAGCUGUGGAGGGGCUGCUGGCAAAGGUGGAACAGGCGGCGCUGAAGACGGGGGCCGUCAGCUGCCCCCUCUAUGAGGAGGUGGAGGAGCGAUUGAGGGAGAGGCAGCAGGAGAUCCUGAGGCAGAGGACGGCAGAGAUGACCGAUGAAGAACUGGAAGCGGCGCGACUGGAGGCAGAACGGAGCAUCGGGGGCUUGGAUGUGAAUCUGGACCACAUCUUCUCCUCCACCACCGCCCCCCCUGACCCCCCUGCUCCCUCUCUUCUCUGGGGCUGGUGGGAGAAGCUGGUGGGCUGGAUCCGGUGGCUGCCCAGCCUGGUGAGGAGGGAGGCUCUGUUCGGCUCUCUGAUCGGCCUGUUUGUGGGAGGAACGCUGGGAGGAGCGGUGGGGGCCACAGCGGGCUCUGUGGUCACUGAGGUGGGGAGGAGAAAGGAAAAGAAAAACGAAUAAGACACAAUUUUUACUUUCUUCUCCAGAAGCCGCACCUUUGAUGCAAUAUUAGUGCCUUAAGCUCACAUAACAGCUUUUAGAUAAAACUGCCUGUUAUGUUUCGAGCUUUAAGUGUUUCGGUGUGAUCCACAGAAAGUAGGUCACCGUUUCUUAUGCAAGAACGAUUGAAAAAUGCAGUGGGGGUAUCAUGAUCAGGGCUUGAAAUUGAUUUAAAGCAUGACUUUAUGAUGACUUUUGCUUUAUAAAAUCAAGUCAGAUUUGAAAAUAUUUAAUUUACAUGAAUGAUAAAUUAAUGCAAAAGACAGAAAUUUAGACUUUAAAAUCUUCAAAACUUUAUUGGUAUUGGCUUUCUAACUGAUCCUGGUUUGGUUCUUUUGGUGUGGAACUGUUUCUUUCUUUCACUAACACUUGGUGUUUUUUUGUUUGGUGAAAUAUUUAGGCUUUUAUGACGGAAUCUGUUUCUACCAGAGGUCAUUAUACAGCUGGAAAAACUAACUUUUGUUUUGAUCUGUAGUUUUUUUUAAUUUCCAAAUAUGAGCUUUUAUUUUGAAAAAAAAAGUCAUUGUUUUUCAUCUCUGUUCCAGCCACUCUAAUGUUUCCUCACAUCACAUACAUGUGAAGGUCCAGCUUUAAACACUGUGCACUAAAAUGAUUUGUUAGUUUUUUUCUGGAGGACUUUCAUCCGUUGACUGUAUAGGAGAACUGGACUGAGUGGCUCCUCCACCCUGGUGUUCCAAAUAGGAAGUACCUGCUGGUUCCAAGCAGCCAAAAUCCCAUAGGCUACUAUAGAAAAAGCUAUUACUUGGCCAUUCUAUUUGUAAGAAUUUGCGCUCUUCCUCUGAUACCUUAUUUAAAAAUGUUUUUGUCAAUCCUAUUUUUUAAUGAUAUUUUUAGUGCAAGUUAUUCAGGUUCAAUAAAAUGCCUCCACGUUCGACGUUCAAACGUGGGAGGGGUGUGGCCUUCCAACAAGCUCACUGUUUACUGACAACAUCUGGCUCCAAUAUGGUGACAUCCCCAAAAAUGGCAACUUAUUUGACUUCAUUUGGUUGAAGCUGAAACCAAGUCAUUUUUUUUGGGUGAUGUCACACUCCUAUAGUCCAGUUUUCCUAUACAGUCUAAAACACUGUGGGUUUGGGUGCAAUACUGGGGAAUGUCCACUAGGUGGAGACACUGGUCUUUAUUUGACAUCUUUUGAGUGGGCUGUAUUUGAAGUGCUGCUUACAGAGCAAAUAAAAGCUGCUGUGUGAUAUUUGGAGAUCAUCACUUUA